AUGAAAUCAGUAUAGAACUUUUAAAUUGUCUAAAACAUGAAAGCAUACUUUUCAGAUGAUAUUUAAAGUCUUUAAAAAAGAAUAGAUGGUCCUAUUACAAGCUACGAUAGUAUUAGUAGUGAUCAAAUGUUAUUGCCGGAUUUGAAAUCAAUAAUCUUAAAUUAGAAUGAUUUAAUACGAGAAAAUUAUUAAGGGUUACUUCCAACUGAAACAUACUCAAGAAGCCUUACAACUAAUUCUUCAAGUAUUUAUUUAUAUAAAAAUUAGGUCAACUUUUUAGAUUUGAAGAACAGUUUAUAAGUGUUAAUUCAAUAUCUUCAGAAUCAGUAUCAGAUGAAUUUUGA